UCUUAUGUAAUCAGAAAAUGAGCUUCCUUCUUCGUUCCAUCUCUUUCCUUUUUUUCGUUUCAUGUUUGCUAAACAGAUUUGUUUCUUCUACACAACACUUGUGUCAUCUUGACGAAAGGGAUGCUCUUCUAGAGUUUAAGACUGGGUUUUUGAUCAAGAAGCCUCUUUUGGACGUUGAUUCAGGUAUAAAGACAGAAUCUUGGGUGAUAAAAAGUGAUUGUUGUUCUUGGGAUGGCAUCACGUGUGCUGCUAAGUCGGGCAGAGUCAUCGGACUAGACCUUAGUUUCAACUACCUCUACGGCAAGCUCGAAUCCAACAGUAGUCUGUUUAAACUGCUUCAUCUCCGUGAUUUGAACCUUACUGGCAAUAAUUUCAACGGUUCGUCAAUCCCAGCUCAGUUUGAUAAGCUCAUGAAGCUAGAAACACUUGACCUCUCUGAUUCUUCACUUUCAGGCCAAAUUCCAGUCAACCUUCUUCAGCUAACCAAGUUGGUGUCUCUCCAUCUUUCUUCUAGUUUUUACCCUGAUUCUUCUUCUUCUUUAUCUAUUGAUGAAUCUUUUCUUCAUCUACUUGCUCAAAAUUUGAGGAGUCUUAGAGAACUCGAUAUGAGCAAUGUAAACAUUUCUUCAAAAAUCCCCCAUGAGUUUUCAAAAAUGCGAUCUCUAAGGUCACUAGAUCUUAGCUACUGCAACCUCUGUGGAAAAUUUCCAAGUAGUGUUCUUCUGAUACCCAGCCUACAGUCCAUUAGAUUAAUCAACAAUCCAAAUCUGAGAGGCAAUCUUCCCUCUUUUCGUGAGAAUAAUUCUUUGCUACAUCUGACCAUUAAACUAACAGCUUUUUCUGGUCCCAUACCCGACUCCAUUAGCAGCCUCAAACAUUUGAUUUCUUUGACUCUUUCCUUUUCUCAUUUCACAGGGAAGAUUCCAUUUUCACUUGGGAACCUUUCUCAUCUCUCUAUCCUUAAUCUUGGUUGGAAUUUUAAUCUUGUUGGUGAAAUUCCAUCUUCAAUUGGCAAUUUAAAACAGCUGACCAUUUUUUAUGUUAGUGGUAACACGCUCAGUGGAAACUUGCCAGCUUCAAUACUCAAUUUUACCCAACUACGUGAACUCUGGCUCUCUCCAAAUCAGUUCACUGGUUCUCUUCCACCAAUCAUUAGCCAAUUCUCCAAAUUAGAGAGUUUUGCGGCUGAUGCCAGUUCUUUUAACGGAGCCAUUCUUUCAUCCCUAGUCAAGAUUCCCUCUUUGACCAAAAUCUUUUUGCGUUAUAACCAAUUCAACGACUUUGCUGGGAUUUCAAAUAUCUCUCUCUUACCUAAUUUACAAACAAUUUCUAUUGGGAGUAGAAAUUACAACAAAGUCUAUGAUUCAGAAGUUAACUUAAAUGUCUUCUUGCCUCUCAAGAAGCUAGACUGGUUAUCUAUAUAUGGCAUCCCUCUUUCAACAGCAAACAUCACUCUUGAUUCGGAUUUCCCAUCAAGUUUGGAAUAUUUAGUUUUGAGUGGCUGCAACAUCACUAAGUUCCCUGAGUUCGUAAGAUACGAAAGAAAUCUACAAAAACUAGAUCUUUCCAACAACAAAAUCAAAGGUCAAGUACCAGACUGGUUGUGGAGACUGCCAAAAUUGGAGCAUGUGAGUCUCUCUAAGAACUCUCUCAGCGGUUUCAAUGGAUCCUUAAAAGUUUAUCUUGAGAGUCAAAACAGUUUUGUUGAUCUAAGCUCAAAUGCUUUCCAAGGACCACUCUUCAUCCCAUCCUCUAAGCAUCUCCAAUAUUUUUCGGGUUCUAAGAAUAACUUCACUGGAGAGAUUCCUCAAUCAAUAUGUGGAGUAAACUCUCUAGAGGGCCUAGAUCUAUCAAACAACAACCUCCAUGGUUCAAUUCCCUGGUGUUUAGAGACUCUGGUGAUGACUUCUCUUGCAUAUCUAAAUCUCCGUAACAACAGACUUAGCGGAAUUCUUCCUGAAAUAUUUCAUCACGCCAAGAGUUUAAUGUCACUUGACGUCAGUCACAACCGAUUAGAGGGAAAAAUACCAGCUUCUCUUGUUGGUUGCUCUGCUUUGGAAGUUUUGAACGUGGGAAGCAACACAAUCAAAGACAUGUUUCCCUUCCACUUGAAUUCUCUGCAGAAACUUCAAGUCCUUGUCCUACACUCUAACAGGUUUCAUGGUACAUUACGUAAUGCUGAUGGGGUUUGGUUUGGAUUUCCUCAUCUGAAAAUCAUUGAUGUAUCACACAAUGACUUCUCCGGUACAUUGCCAUCAGAUUACUUUUUGAAUUGGACUGCGAUGUACUCCAAGAGAGAUAAUAAUAUGGAACUGGAGUACAUUUGGGGUCCUUCAGAAGCAGGCUACUACUCACUUGUGUUGAUGAAUAAAGGAGUGUCAAUGGAGAUGGAACGUAUCCUUACAACCUACACAGCCAUUGAUUUUUCAGGAAAUCAACUCCAUGGACCAAUUCCUGAUUCCAUUGGUCUCCUUAAGGAACUUCAUAUUCUCAACAUGUCAAGCAAUGCUUUCACGGGGCACAUCCCAUCUACUUUGACAAAUUUGACGAAUCUGGAGUCACUCGACCUAUCCCAAAACAAGAUUUCUGGUGAGAUUCCUCCUGAACUUGGGACCCUCUCAUCUCUAGAAGUGAUAAAUGUUUCACAUAAUCAGCUUGUAGGUUCCAUACCACAAGGCACACAGUUUCAACGACAAAAAUGCUCCUCCUACGAAGGAAACCUGGGGCUUAAUGCUCUUUCCCUUAAAGAUGUUUGUGGAGAUAUCAAAGCGCCAACACAAUCGGAACUGGUGGAGACAAAAGAAGAAGAAGAGGAAGAAGCAUUGAGUUGGAUGGCAGCAGGUUUAGGCUUUGCACCUGGAGUUGUAUUUGGACUAGUGAUGGGACACAUAGUGGUUUUGUACAAACAUGAGUGGUUCAUGAAAGUUUUUGGCAGAAGGAAGCAACGAACCAUUAGAGCCCGUUAACGCAUUGUUGUUCUCGACGAAGUUUGUGUAUCUAAUAACAUCAUAAAUAAUUUGUUGUAUUUUAUGAAGAAAAAGCGACCGUGUGUGAUGAUCAAUUUUUAUGUA